AUGGCUAGUCUUAUCAUGACUGAGUCCUGGAAAGGGCUGUGUUUGCAAAGCAAUAUGAGUGCCCAAAGACAACCCAAGCAGUAUGUUAUUGAUAGUAUUUUUGUUACUUUGCAAUUUCUUCCAAGUGAUUGUAUGAGGAAUGGUUCAGCUAUGACCUUGGGAUUUGGAUGCCCCUUGCAUGAGAUUUUUAUUUCCCUUGUAUAUCCAUACGUAGUUCAUGGAGGUUCAUUCUCAUCAUGGAUUUUUGUGCUACAAUGUGUAACCACUAUAGAUUCAAGUGAAACUAAAAUAGAUGCCAAAUCCAAGCAUUCAAACAAACAAUGGUUAAGCAUGUUCAUAAGCUUCAUGCUGUCGGCCAAAAAGAAAAGAGAGAAAGAAAUAGAAAAAUUGCUGAAAUAA